UUUGAAAGGUUGUUUCUCGAGUUAGUGAACAAUUGUGCUAAAUGGGAGGUGGUGAUCGAGGUCACCGCGGUUAUUCGCGGCGCGGAAGAGGUGCUGGGAGGGAUUACAAUGAGCAUGACAACCGAGAUGUGAGAAGCGGCAAUUGGAAUAUCCGAGGCGUUCGCAGAAGUGUUUUCAAGCCUGGGAGAAACCGAGCGCAUACCAUCCAUAAUCUCCCCGAACAUCUCCUAGAAAGUGAUGUUGCUAUGGAUCGUGAUACCAAUGGAACGAGUGGGAGAUUCGCAGGACGACGCCCAAGGGGAAACUUCAGGAGUCGCACUGGUCGAGCUUCUCUUAAUCGUGGUGGCCUGGUAUCGUCUUUCCGUGAAAUUUGGUGCAAAGUUCAAGUGAAUAAUGGGAAGGAUUACGGGAAAAUAGCUGUGGUGAAUGCAAUCCGGAAUAUCGCCCCGUCUCUUGGUACCGUGUACAACUAUCGAGAAAAUUCGGAUGAUUCGUCGUCAUUCUAUACCAAUGAGAAACUUGCGAUGGAUGCGAUGCGGAAAAAUCCAACCUUGCUGAUGCAUGAUUCGAGAUCGAUAAGUUUGCGGGUAUUCGUCGGUAGCCUGCCGGAUGUUGUUUUGGAUCCAGAAACACUGGAAUUAUUGGCAGCGACCAUGAGUUCCAGAUACGACGUACCUUCAAAAUUUCUAAAUCUUUCGUCCUUCGACGAAGAUAAGGCCUUCAAGGAGUUCGGUAUCCUUGUGUUGAUCAGACGAGACAACGUUCUGAAGGCUGUGACGGAUGUUAUAAAAAAUUACAUUCCCGAAACGGAAGCACUGGAUCUUUCGAACAACCGCGGCCUUUAUCCUGACAAGAUGUGCCGUUUUCGAGAUUCGCUGCCUAAUUUGAAAAGGCUGGCUGUCCGAAACAAUGCUGUGAGUUCGCUUGGAUGUAUGGGUUUACAACUUAAGAUCUGA